AUGUUAGCUAAUCAAUUAAAUGAAUUGACUGGAACUAAUAAAUCAUUACUUCCUAAUUCAACAAUACAAACAUCGACAAUAGUCACUGAAAGUGUUUCAUCAUCUGUACCAGUAUCGACACCAACAGUAUCAACAAUAUCAGAAAUAGUAGGAUUAAAAUCAUGUUCUAUAUCACAUCCAAUUAUGGGUUUAAAUCGAUCUGUUCAAAUGAAAUCCAAUAAUAAUGAUAAUAGUAAUUUAUCAUAUCCUCCAACAUCCUCUCGUCCAACUCCUUCAACAACAGGAUUUUCAGUAUCUAAACAACAAACAAAUGUAGAUAACAAUAUUGUUAACCAAUUACAUAAGACUAUUUCAUCUGAACAUUUAAAUUAUAACCAAGUAACUAGUACAACAACAACAACAACAACAAAAUCAUCAAUAGCAACAUUCACAACAAAUACAACAAUGACAACACAAAUAAAUUCGAAUGUUUAUGAUUUACCUGAACCAGAAUGGAUUACAAAACUAUUGAAACAAUAUUAUGAAUAUAAUAUAACUCAUAAUAAACAAAAUAUUCCAUGUAGUUUAUUUGGUAAUGAUUAUACUCACCUACAACAACAACAAAUGCUACGAAUGAUGGUUUUAGCUAAUUUCACUCCAUAUACACGUUUAUCUGAUAUAGCUAAAUGUGCUCAAUUAACAUUAUAUCGUUUAUUAACUAGAUUAGUACGUUAUCAAACUGAUUGUUUAGUAUUACAAGCUAAUUUAACUGAAAUUAAAUUAAAUGCUGAUCAAAUGCAAUGUCAAUUAAAUCAAAUUGAAUCAAAUUAUUCAAUUAUGAAUCGAGCUAUACAAAUAUCUGAAUCUGCAUUAGAAAUUAGUGAUUGUUUAAAUCAGUUAUAUUCCACGGAAUUAGCUGUCACUAUAUUCCGUCAAUCACAAAAUAAUCAAAUGUUAAAGCAUCCAUUCUCAACAAUAUCAUCGUCUACAUCAUCUUCAUCAUUUCAUGGUCAUAGUAAAUCAUCUCAAUUACAUCAAUCACAACAUUAUCAACAAUUGAAAAGAUAUAAUAAUUCACAACAGAUUUCUGUUACCACAUCACCAUAUCAAUUAUAUUCUUCAAUUGGUUCUUCGGAAGAACAUGAUUUAUUAAAUAAUGCAACCAAUACUACCAAUAAUACAACUGCUGGAGUUGGACAACAACAACAACAACAGAUCUUUUCAAUGAAUCAUUUCAAUUUGCAUAAUUUGAAAUCAUUGAGACAACAAGUUGAAUUUUUAGCUUAUACCAUAUUAGAUAAAUAUGAAACAUCAGAUGGUGGUUAUGAAAAAAUUCUCCCAACAUCUUUAUGUAAUUUAACAAAUAUCAAUAUGACAACAACUUCAGUUAAUGAUAAUAGUAAUACUACUAAUAAUAAUAGUGUCUAUGCCAAUUCAUGGUAUGUUAGUUUAAAUCGAAACAAAUUAAAUACAAUACAAUGUUUACCAAAUGAAAUGAAUGAACAUUUACAUGGACAACAAUCAUUAAUGAAUCCUAAUCAAUUACCUUCUAUAUCAUUGAAUUCAACAAUUGAUUCCAAUCCAUCAAUAACUUAUCAACAACGACAAUAUAAUCAUGUACGAUUAAAUAAUAAUUUACAAUUAAUAAAUCCUCAAUUACGUUCAUUUGUUAAAGGAAAUACAAAUCAAAAUAUAAAUGAAAAUGGUUUCAAUGGAAGUGGUGAUGGUUUUGGUUGGGAAACUCCAGAUUCCGGUGCUGGAAGUAGUAGUAUCAAUGAAAUAUCAUCACAACAUCAUCCUCAUCAACAACAACACCAACGACAACAAUCUGGUUAUUUAUUAAAUCCAUCAUCAUUAUUCUUAUCUUCUUCAACAUCUUCAUUAUUAUUUGGACAUUAUUAUCAAACUUAUGGUGAAAUCAUUCAAAAUAAUACUACUAAUAAAGUAAAUAAUCAAUCAGAUUUAUUCAUAUUCAAUACAUUAUUAGAUAAUCUUCCACCAUUAUGGACAUUAUUUACAAAAACAUCAACAUCUUUUUAUGAAUCCGAUUUAGAUUCAUCAGAUUCAUCUGAUCUACCAGGAAAUAUUAUUAAAACUACUGAUUUAUCAAAACAUAUUACUCAUCCUCAUCCCCAUCCUCCUCCUCCUCCUCCUCCUCCUCCUCCUCCACCUCUUCUUCCACAUCAUCAACAACAACAACAUAAUAGUAGUAUGAAUGGUCAAUUAAUAUCUCAACUACCUCCUAUUUCAUCAUCACAACAAUUAUCUAAUUGGUCUAGAUUAGAAGAACGUAAACUACGUACAAUUUAUUACCAAUUAAUUCAUACAUAUAAACGUUUACAAUCCAUGUUAAUUGAUAUGCCUAAUACAUAUCAAUUGGUUAUACCAAAUGAUAGAAAUGAAAUUGGAGAGAAGACAAAAACUACAAAUGAUGUCAUUGAUCAUGAUCAAAAUAUAUCAACAACAAGAUUUGUAUCAGUUGGUUCAACACAACAACAGAUGAAUUUGGAUCAACAAAAUUCGAUUACAACGAAUUCAUUACGUAAAUUACCAUUGGCUGUAUUUUUGGAAAAUUCAGUUCUAUUACAAGAAUUAUGUUGUAUUAAAGAAGAAUGUGCUGAUCUUAAAAUUCGUGUAUAUUUACUUGAAAAAGAAUUACGUGCUAAUCGUUUAACAUUAGAUAGUCGUACUGUUGCUGAACGUGCAUUACGUGCUCAUCUUGAUGCAUUAAUUAUUGAACAAAAUAAUCAAUAUUCAAUAUUAAAUGAUAAUAAGUUAAAAUUAUCACAAACAGCAACAAUGGCGACGUCUUCGACGACGACGACGACAACAACAACAACGGGAACAGGAAUAACAACAACAUUAACCAAUCAAUCUAUACAGAAUAUUAAUCAAAAUGAAUUAGUUUUAUUAAGAGGUCAAGUCAAGAAUUUAUUACAAGCUCUUGAAGCAUUACGUAGUAGUACAGAAAUACAACAAAUACAAAGUGAAGAAUUAGUGAAUGAUUUAAAACGUGCUAAUAGUGCAUUAAUUAAAGCAUUUGAUAAAAUAAAACAUAAAUAUACAACACGUAUUAAAAAAUUAGAAGAUCAAUUAAACUCUAUGCAUUCUAUUCCUUCAUCCACAUGUUCUACAUCAUGUCAUACUACUACUAAUACUACUACUAGUUGUAGUAGUACAACUACUACUCAUCAUAAUUAUUUAAGUAAUACAUUCAAAGGAUGUAUGAUAGAACAUCAUAAUAUCAAUGAAAUAUCUAAAGCAUCUACUGUAAUAAAUGAUAUGAAUAAUGUAAAUAUAAAUUCUCAAAUUCAUCCCAUUUAUCCUAUGCAAAGUGCUUUACAACAACAACAACAACCUGUAAUAACAACAUCAACACAUUCAUUGAAUAUACCUUCAAUAAUUGAUUGUAAUCGUAAUUUAUCAUCAAUACCAACAUCUCAUAUCCCUCCUAUUCUUCAACAUCAACAUCAGCAACAUCCACUGCAUCAUCAACAGGAUCAUCAUUAUUAUCCACAAAUUAAACAACAACCUAUGACAUUGAAUACAUCUCAAUUGAGAACAACACCACUUUCAACUAAUUCAUUAUCACAACAGUUUUCAAAUUUAAAACAUUUUCCUACUCAUUGAAAUAUCAUUCAAUUCUUCUUUUCAGUUCAUUGUAUAUAUAUAGGUCAUCAAUCAAAUCAGUAAAGCUAACUUUUUCCCUCCUCCUCCUCCUCCUUCUCCUCCUCCUCCUCCUCCUCCUCCUCCUCCUCCU